UGUCAUUAGCGGCAGUAGUCUGACUUCCUCCUAACAGCAGCUCCAGCAGGUGUAACUAGAAUAACAAAUGGAACUGUUUUUGUAAUGGCGGCAAAAGAUGAAUCAUUCAAUAAAUAUUUGGUUUCAUCAAAGCCGCAAUCAGUAUUGUCAACAUCAAAGCUGUAGAAAAAAAUGUAAGCUCUGUAGGGCACUCAGCUUAAGUCGAAGCACACAACAGCACGGAGGACUCUUGUAUUAUUCUACGAGGUUCGCCUCAAAUUUUGGAGGACCAUGGCCUAAUCAGCUCUUUGGAAAGUCAUUAAUAUAGCAGCACAUCAUCUUCUUUAUAAAAUAGUUACCAAAGUGUAGCUAACAGUCUGGCUUUUUUUGUGUUAAUCAGAUUUACCAAGGGUACCGCACACAUCAC